AUGGGCAACAAGUUUUGCAAGCCUUGUUUCCCAGCAAAAAGUAAAAGGGUUAGAAAGACAACAAACUCAUCUGCUACUUUGCCUUCCAUCACUGACCUGAGCCUAGAAAACUUCUUGGAGGCCAAUGCUAAUCCUCUUCCCAUAAACGACAAUAUCCCACCUUUUAUAUGCCAAAUUUGCUUUGAAUCAAAGCCUCUAAACGACUCAUUCAAUGUGGAGGGUUGCACCCACUUUUACUGCACCAGAUGCACUGUCAAAUACAUAGUGUCAAAGCUUCAAGACAACAUAGUAAACCUUGUGUGCCCUGAGUCAGGGUGUUGUGGGGUCUUGAAUCCUUAUUACUGUAAGCCAAUUCUACCAAACAAUGUGUUAGAGUGGUGGGAGAAGGCUUUAACUGAAUCUAUGAUUCCUGAGAAGGCUAAGUUCUAUUGUCCAUUUAAUGAUUGCUCAGCACUUUUAUUCAAUGACUGUCUUAAAGGAGUGGUCAUAAGAGACACAACAUGUCCUCAUUGCAAGAGAAGCGUUUGUGUUCAGUGUAAGGCUCCUUGGCAUCCUGAGUUGAGUUGUGAAAAGUUCCAGAGAAUGAAGGACCGGAAUGACGAUUUGCUGCGGGAUCUCGCUAAGAGAAGAAACUGGAGAAGGUGCCCAAACUGUAAGCAUUAUGUUGAAAAAGACUAUGGGUGCAAUGAGAUGAAAUGCAGGUUGGUUUUCCUUCUCUGCUUGUUCUCCUCGUACACAAUGUUUUUUAAUUUUUGGAAAUAUCUUUAA